AAUUUUACCCGCAAUUACAACGAUCCGAACAGCUGACCGACUCGUUGAAAACUGACAAAACGGAUCUGCUGUUGAUCCAAAUUAUUAAACUGCACCAUGGCCGACUCAAAGUUAAAGCCACCCACAUCAAUGGAUAAAGAGCCGCUCAAACCGCCAGCUGUAGCUGCGUUAUCCAUAAGCAAUUUGCAGCUGCCAAGUUCGGCGCAACAGAAAUUGACUGUAGGCUCCAAUAACACAGGCUCGGGCUCGGGCACGGGCUCGGCAACGGGCAAUCCGCGCAACAAAUGCGCCCUCAAGCCUGGUUACUCCUUGAUGAGCUGGGUACGCUUAUGCAAUUCGGGCGCUGAUCUCUCUGGCACCGGCGGACGCGUUGUACCAGUUAGCCGUGCCGAGCUAGCCAAGCACAAUCAGGUCAAUGACGCCUGGAUGGCCAUACGGGGCAAGGUAUUUAAUGUGACACGAUACAUGGACUUUCAUCCGGGCGGUGUGGAUGAACUGAUGCGCGGUGUUGGACGCGAUGCUACCAAACUCUUUGACGAAGUGCACGCCUGGGUCAACUAUCCCCAAUUGCUCGGCAAAUGCUAUGUGGGUCCGCUGAAAGAAAACGUUGCUGCCAAAGUGCAAACUGUGACAAUUCGACCGCCGCCGGCGCCAGCGGAACUUGUGCCGCGCUUUGAUUGGAUACAACAGCGUAGCGAACUGACACUCUGCUUCUAUACGCGACGCAUGGCUAAUCCUGGGAUGCUGCUGAAGCGCACGGCCGCUGCUGACGCUCUGGAGCUGUGCGUCCAAUUGGCAAGCAGUUGGCAUGUCUUCGAUUUUAAGCUCAGCGACGCCGUCGUUUGGCCUCCAAAGGCUGUGCGUGUUGGUCAUGAAACAGGUAAAAUUGAAGUGGUGCUCAGCAAGCUAGUAGCAGAGCCCUGGACAACAUAUGGCAGCCAGAAGGUUGACAAGCUGAAUGCACCAAGUGAGGAACACUAUGAAUAUGAAGUGUUACAGUGCGCUAACUUUAAUCAUGACUCCUUUGAGCUGAGUCUGCAGAGCGUCAAAGAGGCGGUGCUCAUGCAUGUGCCAGUGGGCUAUCAUCUGGACAUUGAAGUGCCACAUAAUGGCCAGCUGCUAGAGCGCAGCUAUACACCCGUGCCCCACAAUUGCCUGCCUUCCAACAGCGCUCAAAUAGACACAGACUCAAGUCCAGGCAUCAGGCAGGACUUUCUUGUCAAGUAUUAUGAGAAUGGUGCAGUGUCCAGCCAUUUGCAUCAGCUGCAACCAGGCGCCACUGUUCGACUGAGUUUGCCGCGUGGCAGCUUUGCCCUGUCCGCGCUGGAGCCACAUCGCAACAUCUUGCUCCUGGCCGCAGGCAGCGGCAUCACACCCAUUUUAAGCCUUCUGCGGCCGUUGCUUCGGCGGCACACGAAUCGCCUCGAACGUCUGAAGCUGCUUUACUUCAAUAAGACAAACUCGGAUAUAUGGCUGCGGGUUAAGUUGCAGGCCCUCCAGGACGCCGAUGAGCGUUUCACGUGCGAGCACAUUUUAUCGCAGGCGGAGCAGCCAGUCCAAUGCGGCCGCAUCUGCCAAGAGCUGUUAGCGCCGUUGUUUAAUAAACAGCAAGCCGAGUCCUUCAGCUACGUGGCUGUGUGUGGACCUACGGGAUUCAACACAGCCGCGCUGGACAUCUUGAAGGAACUGAAUCUGAAGCCAGAGCAAGUGCAUGUCUUUCAGGGCUGACAUUGACGCAAUUCCCCUUAAGAAAUCUUAACUAAGCUUUCAUUUUUUUUAAUUUUCUUUGUAUUUAUAGUAUCAGGCUUAAGGCAAAUUUUCCAACUUGUACAAAAUAUAGAAAAUUUAUUGUCAAUUUUUAUGAUCUUUCCUAAAUAAGCCUGAGAUUUUAUACAUUUUGGUUUUUGCUUUCCCGCCAAUGUAUAAGCAAACUUCGUGUUCAAAAAUGUUAUUUCUAGCAGAUUGUUUUGUUUUUAUAUAUAUAUUUUUGUUUUUACAUAUUUUUGUUUCAAUAAUUUAAUAAGUUUAACAAAUACUAGAAAACUUUUAUUCCUGACGUUUUUGUUAUUUUUUUUUUACAGAAAAGGCGUCGUCGUCAUUGUCGCAAAUUCCUUUGACAAAGUUUUGCACAUUUUUAAAAUAAAAAGGAAUUUCAAUUUAAGAAACAAAUAAAAAUAUUUUGUGUUAUUGUGGAGGGCACUGGUAAAGCGUACAAAAGUAAAAGCUUUUCAAUAUUAAAGAUAUAAUUUUGACAUGGUUUUAAAACAAAUCUGUGCAAAAUACGGCAGAAAGCAGCAGCAUAAAAUUUAUAGAAAGUUGCGACUCGCGAAUUUUUGCACCAACAACACAGUACGCCAGCUCACUGUUAAGUAAACAUGCGAGUGUUUUGUGUACACUUUCUGUUCGUGUGUGUGUGUGU